AUGAAUCCCAGAACUAGUGGCCAAGAUGUACUAAGAUGUGAUUUCUGCAAGAAUAAUGCAGUUGAGAUGUUUUGCACAAUAUGUCCUUUGAACUUAUGUAAGGAAUGUGUUGGUGGACAUAUCGUAAGUAGUUCGGAGAAACAUUACAACAUCGUUGUACCAUUCUCUGCUAGACAAACUUACCCGCUUUGUAGGAUCCAUCCCAAUGAAAAAUGCGAAGUGCACUGUGUUGACUGUAACGUUCCUGUUUGUACAUCCUGCAUUGUUUCAGACGAACAUACGAAGCACACGUUUCAAAAACUGGAGAAAACGACCGCCCGAGAAAUUUCCAAAGCUGAAGACACUCUAUCAUAUAUUCUCGAGAUACCCGAAUUUAUUGGCAAAAUCAAUACAGGUUUUGAUAAACUUCAAAGUGUGACUUGUCUCGACAGAAAUUCAGAAAAAGAGAUAUGGGUUUGUGGGGAUCGGAGCAAGGAUAUAAAAUGUUUCAACAAUCGCGGAAAGCUCUUGAAAGUUGUUGAAGCAACAUUUAAUGGAGUAACACCAGUUAUGUCAUGGGGUCUUGCAGUUGAUCAUAAUUCAGAUCUCAUGAGCGUUGGCAACACUGGUGAAGUGGGAGUUGUAAGUGUGUUUAAGAAAGAUGAGUGUAUAAACCUUGUAAAAGAUUUUAUUUGGCUUCCAGUUGGAAUCUGCGUAACUGCAUCAGGGGGGAUUUUUAUUCUUCAAGCAUUCAAUACCGAAUGUUAUGAUGAACCACCUAGACCAACAAAACUAACUCGUUAUACAGACACUAUGGGAAAACUAUUUACCAUUAUAUGUGACAAUCAAGGUAAAUGUUUAUUUUCUAGAAGCUUGUUUUUUGCAUCUUUAACAGAAAAUAAAAACUUAGAUAUUUGUGUUGCUGAUAACGCAGAUGGUGCUAUAGUCGUUGUUAAUGAGAGUGGCACGUUUCGAUUUAAAUAUACAGGAAAACAAGGACUUACUAAGUCCUUUAAACCUUAUGGAAUAGCAACAGAUAUGUAUUCUCAAAUUCUAACAACUGACAGGGGCAAUAACUGUAUCCACAUUCUGGACAAAGACGGGCACUUUCUCCGCUUCAUCAAUAACAUUGAUCUGCAUGACCCUUGGGAAUUAUGUGUGGAUAGUAGCAACAAUCUUUAUGUGACUGAACGUUCAGGAGGCAUUGUGAAAAUAAUAAAGUACUUAAGAACAGAUGAUACAUAUAAAAAGUGGAUACCUGGAUUGGCAUAUAUUUUUGACCAAAUUUCUUAA